AUGUCUAGUAAGAACAAACAAUUCGUGGUUAAAGUUGGUAUGCUUGGUGACGUACAAGUUGGUAAAACAAGUUUGAUGGUGAAAUAUGUUAAUGGUAAAUUUGAUGAGGAUUAUAUUAUGACUCUUGGAGUUAACUUUUUGGAAAAGAAGGUCCAAAUCAAGAAUACGGAAGUAAAUCUAAUGAUUUGGGAUUUAGGAGGUCAAAAAGAGUUUAUGAGCAUGCUUGACCUUGUCUGUAAUGAUUCCUUAGCUUUGUUCUUUAUGUUUGAUCUCACAAGGAAACAAACACUUCGUUCCGUUAAAGAUUGGUUCCUUCACUCACGAAAAUAUAACAAACGAGCUCUGCCUUUUUUGAUUGGUACAAAGUAUGAUAAGUUUGUUGAUCUCCCAAAGGAAGAUCAAGAAGAUAUAACAGCACAAGCCAGAAAAUAUGCUGAAAAGAUGAAGUGUCCUCUCAUCUAUUGUAGCGCUGCUGCUGGUAUUAACAUCAAAAAGCUUUUCAAACUUGUAUUGGCCAAAGUAUUCGAUUUCCCUCCAAGUAUUGAUAAGAUUACUGCUAUAGGAGAACCAAUUUUGGAAUAUGAAUAA